CAUCCCAGGGAUACACGGAUCAACGGAGGUCCCGGAAACAUCAUCAGUGUCUAUAUAUUUAUUCUCCGUCCAUGUGUCUUUGAAUGCCCGACUGACAUAGACCUGUCGCUCGCUCUGCACGGGCCUUUGCUAGAUCCACGAACCCACAUUCCAUCUCCGUUUCAUACACCAUCAUCUCUUUUUCAUCUCGGCAUUUCUCCAUCAAAACCAAACAAUUCGAAACGUCUCCUCUUUGAAAAUUCGCCCCUUUCUGUCUUGUCAUUCUCUCCGUGUCGAAUCCGCGCCUUGGUCGUGGGCAGUACUCGAGGUCAUAAUCUCUCUGAUUGUAGCCCCCACUGGCAGGUUGUGAGCAGUUGUCAAUCCGGAUAAAAGAGUGCAAGAAAAAUUGGAGUGAUAUCAUCUAUUGGCUUUGCCGCUCGCAAUGCCUGGAACUAGGCAGUCAAUCAGUCAUGUGUUAACAUAUCCGCAACAUACUUGUAGUUGUUAGAUUUUGAAACCUGCUUGGGUGAUUCUGAUACUCGGUGCUCGAGGCCAUACUUUGCGGGGAAGUGGCACUCUUCAUUCAGCGUCAGUUUUUAUUCGCAGGCUCCGGAUGCAAUUGAUCGUUGAUCAGACCAUAUAUUUCUGGUUCUGCAAUCUGUGAAGAGAGUUGAACGAGGUAUCCAGUCGCUCAACAAUACGAUGUAUCCAUUCUGCAUGAAUCCAUAUCCUCGUAGUCCACUGUUUGUAUUGUAUGUAGUAUGAGCACUCAUUCUCACGACGCAUUAUUUUGCCGUGGCAAGAUCCAUAGAGUGCUUCAUUCCAUAUGUUUGAUCUCAGGUUCCCCAAUGAGUAUGCGUCCAGUCUCCCAAAUCAGCUCAAUUGGUGAUCGCUGUUUCCGAUCAUAAACUGUUGGGAGACCUGUUUCCUCAUAUUGCGGGAGAAUGGGCCGAGUAAAAGUAGUGCUGCUACCGUAAGGCAAGAGCAGAGUGCGACUCCACCCAUCCCCGUGAACCAGUGUUGGGAAAAGGGGAAGGAAGAACGAAGAGAGCCUCCGUCACCAGUACCUGUAUGCUAGAAUGUGAGCUGGAAGAGAUGAAUCCAGACCUUUCGUGAUGCCGGAUCAUAACAGUUUUUUCCCUACACAGUGAAAUAUCAGUGAUCACCCUGUGAAAUGACUUGAAUGUGAAGCGGUGCAAGUUUGAAUCGGGUAGCGGACGCAAAGGAGUGGUCUGAUGGACCCGGUGUCCCGCAUGCGCUCCUUCCCCCAGAGUUGCGAACACGCAGGGUGCAUACCAUGGCGACUUCUCUUGCUCGAAUAACAGAAAGGCACGCCAGUGCGUCACGGUCCGGAGCCCUGGGCCCUCGCUGUGUAUUUAAGCCUCUCUUCCUCUUCGUCUUCUCCAACUUUUCUUUUCCCUCAGAAUACAGGGCUCUACCACGUGGAGUCUUCAUUCACGACAACUGCGGAUCGAGGGCCGCCUCGGCAGGCUUCCAUGACGAUCUUGCUCCUAAAGACUCCUAAAUCAAAAUAACGGGCACGUCCCGGAGCUGAUGGCACCCAGGCUUCUCUUUUCUAUGAGAUGACUGGUGUCCAUGAAGCUGACAUUUUCUUUGCUUUGCGUGAUGUGUGACUGAAAUGUGACUGUGAAGUGUGGCAGGCGGUUCGGGUGGUUAGCAGUCUUUUG